GGCUUGGGGCGCAUUUGCUGGUGCCCAGGCGAAGAUCGCGGCGCCCCCGGCUCCCUCCAGGCGCACAAGCCAGCCCGUCCGCCCCGUCUAGCCGCCCGGCUCUCCGCCAGCCCUCCCGCCAGGAUGUCUCGGCCGCUCACGGACCAGGAUAAGAGGAAGCAGAUCAGCGUGCGCGGCUUGGCCGGCGUGGAGAACGUGACCGACCUCAAGAAGAACUUCAACCGGCACCUCCACUUCACGCUGGUCAAGGACCGCAACGUGGCCACCCCGCGCGACUACUACUUCGCCCUGGCGCACACCGUGCGCGACCACCUCGUCGGCCGAUGGAUCCGCACCCAGCAGUACUACUACGAGAAGGACCCCAAGCGAAUCUACUACCUCUCUUUGGAGUUCUACAUGGGUCGCACGCUACAGAAUACCAUGGUCAACUUGGCCCUACAGAAUGCCUGCGAUGAAGCGACUUAUCAGCUGGGGCUGGAUAUGGAGGAGCUGCAAGAGAUCGAGGAAGAUGCUGGGCUGGGCAACGGAGGCCUCGGGCGCCUGGCAGCCUGCUUCCUGGACUCCAUGGCGACUCUGGGCCUUGCCGCCUACGGGUACGGCAUCCGCUAUGAGUUUGGCAUCUUCAACCAGAAGAUCUGCGGGGGCUGGCAGGUGGAGGAGGCAGACGACUGGCUGCGUUAUGGCAACCCCUGGGAGAAGGCGCGCCCCGAGUACAUGAUCCCCGUGCAUUUCUAUGGUCACGUUCAGCACAGCCAGGAUGGGGCGAAAUGGGCCGACACGCAGGUGGUCCUGGCCCUGCCCUACGACACCCCCGUCCCCGGUUACCGCAACAACACCGUUAACACCAUGCGGCUGUGGUCUGCCCGGGCCCCCAACGAGUUCAGCCUGAAGGACUUUAACAUUGGUGGUUACAUCCAGGCGGUCCUGGACAGGAAUCUGGCAGAGAACAUUUCCCGUGUGCUGUACCCCAACGAUAACUUCUUUGAGGGUAAAGAGCUCCGGUUGAAGCAAGAGUACUUUGUGGUGGCCGCAACCCUCCAGGACAUCAUCCGCCGCUUCAAAUCCUCCAAGUUCGGGAGCCGCGAUCCUGUCCGCACCUCCUUCGAUGCCUUCCCAGACAAGGUUGCCAUCCAGCUCAACGACACCCACCCUUCGCUGGCCAUCCCGGAGCUUAUGAGAGUCCUAGUGGACGUGGAGAAACUCGACUGGGACAAGGCCUGGGACGUCACCGUGAGGACCUGUGCCUACACCAACCACACUGUGCUGCCCGAAGCUCUGGAGCGCUGGCCCGUCCACCUCUUUGAGACGCUCCUGCCACGUCACCUGGAAAUCAUCUACGAAAUCAACCGGCGAUUCCUUGACAAAGUCUACGCCAAGUUUCCUGGGGAUCUGGACCGGAUGCGUCGCAUGUCCCUGGUGGAAGAAGGCAGCGUCAAGCGCAUCAACAUGGCCCACCUCUGCAUCGUGGGCUCCCACGCUGUCAACGGAGUAGCCCGUAUCCACUCUGAUAUCCUGAAGGCCACCGUGUUCAAAGACUUCUAUGAGUUUGAGCCUCACAAAUUCCAGAACAAAACCAAUGGCAUCACCCCACGCCGCUGGCUGGUGCUGUGCAACCCAGGGCUGGCGGAGAUCAUAGCGGAGCGCAUUGGGGAGGAAUACAUCUCUGACCUGGAUCAGCUGAGGAAGCUCCUGAACUUUGUGGAAGACGAAGGCUUCAUCCGGGACGUGGCAAAGGUCAAGCAGGAGAACAAGCUGAAGUUUGCUGCCUACCUGGAGAAGGAAUACAAGGUGAAGAUCAAUCCCAACUCCCUCUUCGACAUCCAGGUGAAGAGGAUCCACGAGUACAAGCGGCAGCUGCUUAACUGCCUCCACGUCAUCACCCUCUACAACCGGAUCAAGAGAGAACCCAACAAGCAUUUUGUUCCACGGACGGUCAUGAUCGGAGGCAAAGCCGCCCCCGGCUAUCACAUGGCCAAGAUGAUCAUCAAGCUGAUCACGGCCAUCGGAGACAUUGUCAACAACGACCCCGUGAUCGGUGACCGGCUCAAAAUGAUCUUCUUGGAGAACUACCGCGUCUCGUUGGCUGAAAAGGUGGUGCCCGCAGCUGAUCUCUCCGAGCAGAUUUCCACAGCGGGCACGGAGGCCUCUGGCACCGGGAACAUGAAGUUCAUGCUCAACGGGGCGCUCACGAUCGGCACCAUGGACGGAGCCAACGUAGAGAUGGCCGAGGAAGCUGGCAUGGAGAACUUCUUCAUUUUCGGCAUGCGGGUGGAGGAUGUGGAAGAGCUGGACAGGAAAGGCUACUGUGCUAAGGACUAUUAUGACCGCAUCCCUGAGCUGAAGCAAGUGCUUGACCAGCUGAGCAGCGGCUUCUUCUCCCCCAAGCAGCCAGACCUCUUUAAGGACAUCGUCAACAUGCUGAUGUACCACGACAGGUUCAAAGUGUUUGCCGAUUACGAAGCUUACAUCAAGUGCCAGGAGCAGGUCAACGCUCUUUACAAGAACACCAAGGAGUGGACCAAGAAAGUCAUCAGGAACAUUGCCACCUCCGGGAAGUUCUCCAGCGACCGCACCAUUGCUCAGUACGCCCGCGAGAUCUGGGGCGUCGAGCCCACCCGCCACAAGAUCCCCGCCCCGGAUGAGCCUCGGGAAUGAGUACCCAACUCCUCCAACUCCUCCUGUCCUCCCUUCUACCACUAACAACUUCGACGAAGCAGCUGCAAAUCAAGGGGUCCCCCCCCACUUUUUUUUCUGUUUGCAAGGGGAGGGAGAUGAAAGGAGAUUUCUUUUCUGUUCAGCCACCUAGCCCCAGCCCCACUCUUCAGUUUAGAAUUCCCCUAAAACUGCCUGCCACAAAUUGGGGGCAUUAAAUCCACCCCACUUUCGCUCCUCCCUCCACUAUUUAUUUUCAAGGGGGUGUCACCCAACCCCUCCCUUUUGUGUGUGUGGGUGGGGUGGGGUGGGGGUGGGGUGCGUGCCUAAUAGCUCCCACCUCCCCAUUUUAAUAGGGCUCCCCUCUUGCAUUUUGACGCUGGGGAGAAGGGGGUGGCCGGGUUGCAUCGUCUCCUCUGCAAAGCAGAACCCGAGGGCAGUGUGGGAUUUGGGGAAAGGUGCCGCUGUGCCGGAAAAAUAAAAGGUUUUUAAAUGAG